AUCAUCUUCAUCGAUUCAUAAAAGCACACAAUCCUCUUCAACAAGAUCCAUGAUUAAGCAUUUCAACGAAUCAUACAUGCCCGGAUUCAAUUAUCUCUCUCAUCCUCAACAUUCUUCCACUUUAGCAGCAAUCAGGCAGCACCUUCUCGGCAACGAAAUGGCCGACCAGCUGCCUCCAUCUUCUCCAGCAACACUUUCCGACGACAUCUCAUUGCACGGCCAGAGCUCAAUGUAUGACAGUCAUUGCAUCAGCGAACUAGUAGUUCCUGAUGUUUCCACCAUUAAUAACAAUAUCAGUGCAGAUGCUGCAGUGGCGCUUGAGUGUAACGCACCUCCAGUUGAGCGGUGCUACCGGGGUGUUAGGAGGCGGCCUUGGGGGAAAUACGCAGCAGAGAUCAGAGAUCCGGCUAAAAACGGCGCUAGGAUUUGGCUCGGAACUUUUGAUACAGCUGAGGAUGCAGCUAUUGCUUAUGACAGAGCAGCUUAUGAGAUGCGUGGAGCUAAAGCCAAGCUUAAUUUUCCUCUCCUUGUGGGCUCCAACGUGUGGGAUUUGGUUCGACCGAGUCGGAAGCGGGGCAUGGCCGGCGGCGGCGAGGAGUAUUCUUCAAAGCUCAAGCGGAUAAGGAAGAGUGAGGCCUGAGGAAUGAGAGAGAGAUGGAAACUGGUGUAAAUGUGGGCUAGGGGUCUCUAAUGUGCCCUUCUCUAAUGCCUCUUGUAAUGUUUUAAUUUUUCAAUUUUAUUUUUUAUUUUUCUUUGAAUUAUUGGCUUCGACAUAAAAUAAAAAAUAUUUGGAUAUCUUAAUGUUCCAAAAUGGUAAAGAUUUAUACUUUUUAUGAUUUUUCAACAAUAAAAAGGUGUAUUUGUGAUAUUUUUCUUUAAAAAAUUAUAAAAAAUACAAAUAUUCAC